UUCCUUUAUUGGGAGUAGUACAUUCAUACUUGAUUGUUGUGUUCACGUCUGAUAUAGGCACGCCGCCAUGAAGACCGUUUGUGACUGGGAGGCAGAGGGAGGCGACUGCGGUGGUGAUGUCACUUCCUGGGUAUCGGCCUGUCCAGGGGGAUUUUGGAAGGUCUUUAGGAAGAGGACCAGUGAGAGGGGCACAGGGGAUCAGACCCCAAAAAUGGGUUCACUGUGCAGAGUCAGGGUGCGGGAGAAAGCAGAGGAGAGCGCUGAGGCUCUGGGGCGGAGCUUGCCUUGUGCAGGGAAGGAUGGCGAGCCAACCAACGCCCAUGGCCACGCCUCCACACAGGCCACGCCGCUCCUGCGCUCUACCACCACGGUGCUGCAGGUGCCCCUGGACACCUGGGUCCUCCUGCAAUUGGGAGAGGGGCAGUGUGAUGUCAUCGAAGGGUGCCUGGAGGGGAUGAAGGAAGGAGAGAUGUGUGAGCUGCUGGUUUGUGCUCUGAAUGCGGACUCCAGACCUAGGCCUGGACCAGGUCAGAUGAGCAGCAUGUCUGCACCGGACUCCAAGGGAGAGGGAGAGGGGAACGCGGAGCAGCACCCUGGGACAGGACAGCUCCCUGCCGACCCCCUUCAUUUUAUGGUGGAGCUUCAAUCUUUUACGCCUGGCCGGGAAUCUUGGGAAAUGAGUGCUAGUGAGAAAUGGGAGUGGGUGAAGAAGCAGAGGGAGAGGGGUGGACAGAGGUUUCGGGAGGGAGACCUGUGGGGAGCAGCAGACUGCUACAGCCGAGCCCUCAAGCUGCUCAUCACCCUGAAAGGAGAGAAGGGCGGAGGAGAGACAGACAGGAAGGAAGGUGGUGGAGAGAUGGAAGGGGAGGAAAAGAAGAAUGUUCCAGAAGGAGGGGUAGAGGGAGGCAGUGGAGGAGAUGGGGAAAAUAUAGAGGGCGGAGAGGGGGCACAGAAGGACCCUGCGAUGGCAAUUAAAAAAUACGCACAGGAAAAGAUUCCGUUGGAUGACGAGUACAAUGUGGUCAGGGCGGGGCUGCAUUCCAACAUGGCGCUGUGCCAGCUGAAACUGGGCCAGCCAGCCAAGGCCCAGCGGAGCAGUGCCAGGGCCACUGAGCUGGACCCAGCCAGUACCAAGGCCUGGUACCGGCUAGGCCAGGCCUGUUGCCAGAUUGGGGAGCUGGGGAUGGCUCGUACUGCCCUCAGGAAGGUUCUGGAACUGCAGCCGGGCUCUCCGUCAGCCUUGAAGGCACUGAGGGAGGUGGGAGUGCAGGAGAAAGAGCAGGACACUAAACUGGGCCACAGACUCAGUAAGAUGUUCAACUAGGCCUCCCUCUCCACUAUCCUGACACUGGGCUCAUUGGCAGGUUCCAACGAGGACCAAAUCAGACAGGCUUCAGCACUCUACCCAUGUUCAUGGGGCAAAACCACAACCUAGGGUAGGGUUUCCAACCUUGGUCCUGGAGAGCCACAGGGUCUGCUGAUUUUUGUUUUCACCUUGUAUUUGGAAGAAAACAGCAGAAUUGAGUUAAUUGUGCAAUCAACUGCUUUUGUUUACAAUUAAGUGCUGAGUAACAACAAACGCCAGCAGACUGAAACUGAACUGAAAUCACUAUCUUACUGGCAAGUUUAGGGAGUCAUGGGCUAACACUGAUAACCACCUGAGAAUUCUUUCAGACCGCUCGUACAGAAAUACGAGGCUGAUGGUCUGAGGCUGAUGAUCUACGUCCAUUCUUCAGAAGAGUGAAAGAAGUCUGAGGUUUCUCAGAACUUCUGAGAUGAGUUGAGAUUUUGAAUGUAUUUCAUUGUCUGAAAAAUACUUCCUUUGUGUAGAUGUUGUUUACAAUGAAUUGCACAUUGUCGAGCUAUUGCCUCUGUGAUGACCAAAAGGACAGAGCCAGUUUCAGUUAUGAUGAUGAGGAACAUCAUGACUGAAGUCAGUGACAGGUUGGUUGAUAAACACCGUACCUGCUAGUGGCCUGUUGGCUUGAAAAUGUUCAAAAUUUGGUAAUGACUUUGUUUUCACAGUCUGAAUAAAUUACUCCAGAAUUGAU